GUGACAUUCAAGAUGGCGGCGUUGUCGUGUGAUAUUUCAGUUGUGAAAGAAGGGUGUUCAGAGCUUGGAGAGGGGCCGCAUUGGGACGAAAAGACUCAAAGAAUUAUAUGGGUGGAUAUCUUAGGACACAGUGUUCAUUUGCUUGAUCCAGUGACAGGAAAGGUGCGGUUUAAUUUACUUGUCCGUCAUGGCAGCUGGAGUAUUAAACCAUAUUUUUAAGCCUACUGGAUAUUUUGAAGUCCCUUAGGCCUUUAAUUAUUUGUUUAUAUUCAAAUCGAAAAGUUUUGUUUUUCACAUGGUGGAUUUAGUUCUUGAUUCGAUUAUCGAGAUUAGAUCCUUUUUUUCCAGGUAAAAUUUUGUCAAUAAAAUAAAUAUAUAAUUAUGGCUCAUCAGUCAAUUCCAAGCGUGCCCAUCCCCCCUCCCUCCCCUUGGGAAUUUGUCGGGCCUUUUUCAUUUUGUUUUGGAAAGGCUGCAAAUGUCCCACAGUGGAGCUGGGUGUUCAUACAAAAACCCCACGGCGGGGCUUAAAAAUAAGGUCCAAAUGCCCUACCCAGGUGCAACACCAAAAUUGCAUUUUCCAGUAGGAUAAGCUGCAAAUACCAUAUAUAUGAGAAAUCUGUAAUAAUCUGAUGAAACUCGCACAAGAAGCACUCUACACAAAUCACUCCUAGCUGCUAGUUGAAAUAACUGUAAAAAAGAUCAUUGAUCUGAUCAAUCUUAAUGACAGAAGAAUAAAUUAGAAUUUUAAUAAUUCAUGUACCUUUCUUAAUUUGGAAGAUGGUUAAUAUAGUGAGUGAUUAAAAGACAACCGAUGGGCUUUACAUGAGUAUUUUCUCAUCAUAAUGGAACUGUUGAAUUGUUGCAUUGAUGGUACAAUACACAGUGUUUAUAUUAGCUCUCCAAUAUCUUGCAAAGUUUUUCUAGGGCCACAUUGGGGACAUGGGUUAUGGGAACUUUUGGAAUUUACGGAUACAUAAAUUCUGUACUAAACCCCUCCCCAUUACCACUAUGAAACAAAUGUUAAAAAUUAGUUUUAUUUUUUUUCUAGGAUGAUCAAUAUAAGUUUGAUGGACCAGUUGGAGCAGGUGGGUUGUUAUGAUUGAGGGAAAUAUUCUUAGCCUGGCAGGCAUUUGAAGGAGAAAGGAGGGAGGGUAUGACACAUGUGAACAUGAAAGAUAAGGAAAUUAAAGGGAACACCAGCAAGGACGCCAUUAUAUUUGUCAUUCCACACCUCAUUAAUCCACAAAAAUCAAAUAAAAGCAUUCAGUUGUUUUGUUGGAAAAUCAUAGCCCAUAGACUGCCUCUCAUUUUUUCUUGUGCCUUAAAAUAAAGCUGCAAUAAAAUAAGCAAUAAAAACAUGAAUUGAGACAGCAUUGCUACUAGUCUUGCUAACUUGGUCAAAAAGAUUUUUGUUUAUGUAAACUGACUAAAUCCUCUGUUUGAAACCAUCUUACGUCAUCUUCUGGUGUGGAUUACCCUGUAAGUCCCAAGCUAUUAACAGUGAUUAACAUCAAUAUUCUCUUUACAACAUCAAGGUUAUGAGAAUUGCUAAAAUGAUCACUGAGAGGAAAAUGUUUUGAUUUGUUCUUCUACAGUGAAACCCUGCUUACGGCCACCUCGGUAAUACUAUCACCUUCCUGUUAUUAUGGCCGCUUUUUUUUGGCUGCACAGCAAAACAGCCAUCCAUUUUCAUGUAAAAAGCCCUGGUUAAUACGGCCACCUGUCAAUACGGCCAAAUGUUUUUGGCCCAUUGGUGACCGUAUUAAUUGGGUUUCACUGUAGUGUUUUCUCUCAACUUAUUCUUUACAUAUGUGUAUAGAGAUGAGUGUGGACAAUUUUGUAAAGGAUAUUGGGACUUUAGGGGUUAAUUUUGUAUCUUUCUUUCUCACACAUAAAUAAAUUUUAUAUUGUCAAUGAAUCUAUAAUGUCUAGAAGGUCCAGAAGCAUAUGUCAAAUCAUUUUCAGUAGUCCCUGGCAAAGGUAGAAAAUUAUGGUAGUGUGACAAUGCUGGUUAACGAUUUAUCUAAUUUAACAAUGUAUGUACAUGUAUUUUAUAAACUCUAUUUUUCAUAGCUGUACCAAGGCAAAAAGGUGGUUCUCUCGUUGUGGCAGCCAAGAGAGACUUUCUGUUCCUAGAUCUAGAGGUACAUGUAGUACUGUUGACCAGUGAUUAACCUUUCCUGUCAUAUUAAGCUAGUGAAGUGAUUUCUCUGCACCUGCCUUUGCAAAAACAAGGGGGGUUAACCAUCUUAUGCUGUGCUGAAAAAAGUGGAUGUAUUGUAUACUUUAUAUAAAUAUUUGAGUCCAGCCUCCUUAUUACAGACACAUACCAAACGUCAUAUUAUAUAUAAUAUAAUAUGAUCCCUAUGCAGUCAGUUCUCUCCCACACGGACAGGUUCAGGACUGGCCUCAACUGUCUGUCUUAGAGAGGUGUCUUGUUUAUAGACAGUUGAGGUAUCAUGACACCAGUAAUAUUACAAGAAAAUAUCAAGCUAACAAUGGAUGUGAUAGGAAAGUAGAAUCAUUCUCUCACUGUACAAUCAAACAUUUAUUACAAGCUAACAUUCAUGGCUUAAUGGUCUAAAAGUGUAACUGGAACAAGACCACAAAAUGAUAAGAAUCAGUGACCGUACCAAAAAUGUCCCUUCUUGAGUUAGAGCUUUAACUCAUGACUGCAAAACAAACUGUAAUACAGUACCGUAAGUACUUAAUUUGCUUCCUCAUACAGCAAUCUUCUGUUAUGUACUAGAGAACCUACUUUCUACAUAUUUUUGAGGUAUUUGUGUCUGUUGACAGUUUUGUGACCACCCUGCGGGUCACUUCAACUUAUAUGUUUUAGGCUGGUGGCUGCAUAUGGCUUGAGAUAAAUGGUACCUAAAUCAAAGUUACCUAUGGAUGAUCUUACUGUACUGUAAAUCCCCUCUACCUCGAUUUUGGAGCCAUUGAAGCAUUUAACAGUACAGAAUAAUACCUCUGUGCUUUAGGGCUAGCUAUUAGAUGGCCUUCAUUGUCCAGGAUGUAGCCGAGCCAAGCAGUUUGAAUGUCAUGAUUGCAUUUUGAUAUGGACGUGUUUCAACUGCAGCAAUUUGGCUUUAGAUUAUGUAGCAGAUGACCAUGCAAUAAACUAAAGGAAACUCUGAGCAAUAAAAUAAUAAAUAACUAAUUCAAAUGAUAUUUAACUAAUAGUGAAUCCCUUUUUCCUUAUUAAUAAACAGACAGGGUACAAAGAAGUUGUAACUUCAAUUGAUAGUAAGUUUCAUUGUAUUUGGUGUCUGUUUCACUUAUCAUCAAUAAUUGCUACAUCAUGUUAUGAAAGCUAUUUAGUCUUCUCUGUUGGGUCAUCAAAGAUCUCAGGUACUUGUAUUUUCUAAGCUGAAUGUUUCCUACUGUAUACUUUUUUAAAGCAACACUCAUGUAAUACGAAAUUCAUUUAUUAUGACUUAUGAGUAUUAAAGCCACUGAUUUUGUUCUGGAUUCAAAUAUUAACAGGUAAUUAAAAUUAUUGAUUGACAUAUAGUGUUUUAUUGCAGAUGACAAACCAGACAAUCGCUUCAAUGAUGGAAAAUGUGACUUGGUUAGUACUUCAUCAUUUAUUACUAUACAUUAAGACAACUGGAAGUGGAAAGCAUUUUGUUACAGUGUUAUCUGUAUCACUUAAGUAUUCCUUUUUCUUGCAGUCUGUAGUUAUACAUAACACAUAUAGAUGUGGCACGUCAUAAUUAAUUAUUACUGUAUGUAAUACUUUAAUCACAUUACUAGUGCAAACAGUCUGAUCCUGUUAUGGUCAUCUUUUCUUAUAACUUUUUUUUGUAAUUAUUUUACAGACUGGUAGAUUUUGGGCUGGUAGGUACAAAGCAAAUCUAUAUUAUCACCACAACUUGAUCAAGAUGGAAAAACCCAUCACCUAGCUUACAAGUGACAGAGAGGCUGAGUCAGUCAGUUUACAUACAUAGUUGAAGCUCUUUUAUCAGACACUCUGGACAGCCAAAGUCCCGUUUAAACUCCUUGCGAAAAAUCAAACUGAGAAAUCUGAACUUCCAGCAAGUGAAUAAACCAGAUAUUUACCAUACUGGAUCAGUCCAUGCUCAUGAAGUGUUACAGUCGUGAUUGAUAAUAAAAUUUAUCAGAGGUGCGUGAGAGCCUUAAAAGACGGAGCUAGACUGUUCACAGUCCCCUAUUUUCUCGUAAGAUCGUCGGGAUCGAAGACUUUUCGUCACGGUCGGCCAUCUUGGUGGAGUGAUAAAUCUCUUAAGGGGGUGGGGGACGGUUUGAGAACCCUCCUCCGCUAUAAACCCCGACGCCCGGCCCCUUGGUACAUAUGAAACCUAGAUGGCUGCCCGUACCAGUAAGCGCUCGAUCCUGACGGUCUUACGAAAAAAAUAUGGGACUGUGAACAGGGUUUAUUAGAGAGAGGGGCUUAAUGGACGAUUUUAGGGUGGGAUCGCGUUAAAAAUUAAAUCGUUCCUCAGUUACUAAGUAUACAUCUGUUCAUGUAGAUCUUCUUUUGUUGGUUUUUUUUUUGCGAUCUAAGGAACCAUGGGUCCUGAGCCAAUUCCCACGAAAGUUGUACCAAAUCAGGGAUCAUUAGUGAGUAUGCCCUUCAAUUAAGUUGAAACAUUUUUUUAAGAUUUGUACUAGAUGUCCAAUUACAAAGGAAUUGAUAAGAAAAGAUUCAUUUUUGGGGGGAUGAGCUAACCUGAUUUGUCGGGCAACUUAGCUUUGAUUAACAAACUGUUUACUUAAGAAAUGACAAACCAUUAUUUAUGAUCUAUGAGUGCACGACGAGAACGAAGGAAUUUUUUUUCGUGUGGAGACGUUUCACCGUCUUCCGCCAUUACAAUACAGCCGGCAGCUUCAACAAAUCUUUUCGUGUGGCCAUUUUUGUAAAAGGUCGCGUUUUCUUGUUUUCAAUAUAUUUUUUUCACGCAGUCAUACGAUUUUCAGGGUUAUCUUGACUGUUAUUUCACGUUGGUUGUCGUGUGCAGAUCAAUGCCACAUGCUCCCUCUGCUCGGGAAAGUUGUAAAAUGUACUUCGUCAUGACAUUGAGUCUGGUUAAAACUUCCUUAGAUUUGGACAUGGAGACUAAAGUUAGCCGAAUGCCCAAUUUUUAUGUCAGCAAAUGGAUUUUGCGCCUUCAGUGCGGGCCAUUGUUGCAAGUAGAAAUUGUGAAUAACUUGCCUACCAGACAGACAGCAAAACACGAAUUAUUUCCAUGAAAUUAAAAAAUUCUUAAAUGGGCUCUUCACCACUAAGACCUAUUUUCUGGAAUUUUCUGCUGGCUGCUAUCCCUGUCCACUGUCGCUAUCUCAAAACAGAUGUUCUUCACGUUUCCUUAUAGGGCAUUUAUUUUAGUACGGUGUCAGUCUAGAAAUGGUAAAGGUGCAACAUGCAACCAUCGAGUUAUGGAUGCACGGGGGAGGUUUCUUAGCACGAAAGAAGCGUAAGAGUUGAGUAACUAUAAGCCUCUUGAGUGCUUAGCAAACCUUCCAAGUGCAUCCAUAACUCGAUGGUUGCACAGCGGCAAUAUUUACCAUUUUCAUUAUAACAGAAUCAUCUGCCCACGCUAUGGCGUGUGCAAAUUCGCAAACUAUGAGGUAAAAACAAUAUAUAUUCUGUGUAGAAAGUGACGCGUACGGCUUUGAGCACAAUCAUCCAAAGCCAAAUAGUAAAUUGGUAAUUGACCAAUCAAAGCGCGCGCUUUACUUUUGUUCUAUCACAAUUCUGAUUAAGACUUUGUACAUCAAAACUUCCUUAGUUCCUUCUUUUUGCUUAUCUUUUCUAACGUUUGUGUAGGACUGUUUGUUAGUUAACGUAUACGUCUUUUUUCUGAACGUUUCUCCUCAGUUCUUACUUGUCCCUAACAGAUAUCCUUUAGUUCGUUCUCUUCUUAGGUUGCACAUUUACAUCAGGGUUUCCUUCACUGAGAUAUAAAAUAUUUAAAAUAUUUUAGUCUGGGAAAUCCGAUCAUUUUUCCCAUCAAACAGACAUCCUCUGAACAGUGACCUGCCAAUGAGGUAUGGUGGUUCAGUGGUAGCUGUUUCAAGGCGUCGUUGAAUCUGCAGUAUAUAAAUUUUUGUGUAGACUACUGGCAUACAUGUAUUUGCUCAUAGAAUACGGUACUAUUCCUACUUUUCUUCUUUUAUUGCAGUAUUCAUUAAAUUGUGACCUUACAGUGCAACACUUGGUUGACAAGGUAAUUCUCUUGGCAUGAUAGGUGGCGUAAAAUUUGACCACAUAUUAGGGAGCUUAGGCAAAGGCGUUUUUGAGGCUGCGCACGUCAUCUGGGAGAGAAGCCUUAUCCCUUUAAAAAUAUGACAGAAAGUUACUAAUUGGUAUUGCUAAGUGUCUUUACUCUUACAGAUUCGAUUUGCCCUAAAAUAUGGGCAAAAGCAUUGCCUAAGAAUGCAAGAAGUCCGCUUCUGUCGCUCAGACACGUCUUUGCCGCUAUUCUCUCCAGAUGUUUUCUUUAAACAUUCUAUUUUUUCUAUUUAAGGUCUCAAUAUCCAAUGGUAUUGCUUGGAAUGGAGAAAAGAAGGCUUUUUAUCAUGUUGACACAUUUGAAAGGUACGUACCUCCAUUGCUUCGAAAAUGUCAUACUAACCCAUUGGCGAGGAUAAUUACAGUGCAGCUGUUAAAAAAAACGGAACAGUUGCAUCGGAAAUUUAUGACUAAAGAACAAAGAACUUGUAAUAAUUGUAGGUAGACUCUCAUGUUGUUUCAUUAGAUAAAAAGCUUUUUACCACGCUGUGUGGCUACUUCCAAGUGCAUGAUUAGGUACAGGCUGCACUGAUUUAUUUACUGCAUUGAAAACCCGCGUAUUAGAACCUGGAUUUUUCCAACUUAGCCUAAACAGCUUCUUAUAGAAAUGGUAUUACGUGGGAUUUAAGGCUACUUAGGUUCUUAAAUAGGUUCUUAAUUUGAUAGGGGCACUAGCGAUCAGCACUGAUAACUACUACAGGGCAUAUGCGUGUGAUAUGGAAUAUAUUGCUGUCUUAAAUAUUAUCUAGAAUACAGUUUAGAUGAGAACCAUACAGUAAAUUUAUCUUUCCAAAGUACUAGCAUGCACGUCUUUCUUGCUGCAUUGUCCAUAAAAUGCUGUGUUGGCGAAGACAUGAUAUGGAUUUAAUUUUCUUUCAUUCGGCUUUGAAUCUUACUGACUGAAACCUAGACUAAAAUUUUUUUCUGUAUUUUCAUCUGUGCCUUCAUUUUUGUAAAAUAAGAACCUAUAGAAAAUUUUACACUAAAUAGGUUCUUAUGAAAAGUGGGUUUAAAAUGAAAUUUAGCCUAGCAGGUUCUUAAAUUUUAGGUUCUUAUUAAUGCGGUUUUUUACUGUAUGGUGACUCCUGGGACUCAGCCUGUGAAAAAUCGUGAGUCACAGAUCGAUCGAUCAUCUUUGCGUCCAACGUGACGCAUGUCAUCAAUUAUUUUGCUUCUUUUGGGGAAUUUUCAGGGGUAACAAAAACGGUUACAGAAACGAGUGUCACCAUUGUUUCCUGGAUGACUAGGCCCCGAUUUUAUUUCUAUUGGUUGGAAAUCCGAAAUAUAGCUGUUCUUGAACGUCGACUUGCAGGAAAAUAGACGCAUUUGAUUAUGACGCAACUAGUGGUACGUUACUAAAUAGGAGGACUAUUGUGAAGGUUGAUCCGUCUCUUGGAGUAAGUUGAUUCAUUAGUUCUAAAAUAAUUGUAUUCUGAAGAUGACAUCAGCUUCUAGUCACUUAUUUCAAGCUGACUUAUUUUAUUUUGUGGGCCUCUCUCUAAAGGCUUUUCUGUCAGAGCUUUAGCCUUAAUCAGCUGAUACAGUGGCAUUGUCGCAUGUCAUAUCUUCACUCUGAGAGAGUCGCCGUUCUUUAUUUUAUCAAGUGGCCUGGACAGACUGUGGACCUUAAUUAGCGUGUACAUGUACUUAUAAAAAAGUUUAAUAAUGCUUCAGUUCAUUUCACCCAUUGAAAAGCAUACAUUUUGACUCCGAUGGUUAUUAGCAGUGUAACGCUAACGGUGUCUGUUUGGUUUAUCAGUAUCCAGAUGGAAUGACUAUCGAUGUUGAUGGCAUGUUAUGGGUUGCUAUGUACAAUGGAUGGAAGGUGAGUUUGAGGUAACAUAUCAAACACAACACACAGUGCGUCAUUCCGGCGAUAUCCAUAUUCUGCUCUAAAAAGAGCGUUUCACCUUAUAGCUAAACACUGAGAAGUGAUAUUAUCAAAUACCAGAAGGAGUGUUUCAUCCGAUAUCUAACCACCGAGAGGCAAUACUGUAUGUCAAACACGACUCGCAGAUUUUUAUCUGAUAUCCAGACAUCAAGAAGUCUGAGAAGUGGGGUGAUAACAAGGCGCAAGACCCGGUCAUCAUGGUGUCUGGAUAUCAGAUAAAAGACUGAGUGGAGUGUUUGAUAUAGCUUCUCAAAUGAUCAACAGUUCUUAAAGAAAUUGUCAUCUUUAUAUGGUAUUUGUUGCCCUGUAGAUUGUGCGGUACAAUCCUGAUACUGGGGAAUGUCUCAGCCAAUUAAAUCUUCCGGUCUCUAAAGUCACGUCAUGCUGUUGGGCCGGAGUAAAUCACGAUGAGCUUAUUGUCACAAGCGAAAGGUUGGUCAAAGUCAUUUUCCUGAAUUAGAAGCUGCAGUGUGAUUUGUGGCAAACUUUGCCAAUUGGUUGUCUAUGUUGUGGACACUUAAAUUUUGAAGUAAAAUCGAGGGUGUCAAUAUGUGUAGGAGCAGGAACGACUUGCAUUAAUCAAUUCCUAAAGUGCCAAGAUUAUUACGAGUAUUUGCUCGGAGGCGAUUGUCUUGUUUUCUACACUGGAAAUUAGUCUAUAUUUUUGCUCAAGUGAUAGAAAGUAACUGCUCACUAUAAAAUCUGAGAGGAAAACUGAUAGGUCCGUACACUCUUUAAAUAAAUAAAUAAAUAAAUAAAAAAUAAAAUGAAGAAUUACCUCUCUGAGGAGAGCCGCCAUGUUUAAAUGUACGCGUCAGUCUCGACCCAGAGCUCUUUUGCGCAUGUAGAGGAGAGAGAUCAAGAGCUCUGGGGAAACCUGGAGCAAGAUUGUCUCUGAUUGGUUUCAGCAAAUAAAAAAAAACAAUAAAAGUGUUUCUGAUUGAUCCAUUCAAGUUUGCACGAGAGCGGUUGAAUGUUGAAGUAAACACGACAGGCCGAUUCUUGAUUUCAGCGAUUCCAAAACAACAUUUGCGCGACUAGUUAGACAGAAUUACUGGAUUUUCCAAUUUUCAAAUAAAAUAGCUUAGCUACAUAUCGAAAAUUGAACCAGAAAAAGAUUUUAAUGUGAAAAAGUAAAAUAAAAAUACACCGACAUCUUUGCCAGCUAUAAUUUAAGAAGCAUGACACAUUACUGAUUUUUCUUUGACUUCCACGUUAUCGCAUUCACACUAAGUAGUCGAGUAUGAAUGAGAACUUGAGCUUCUUAUCGUAAAUUGCCCAAAAACAGAAUUGCAAGAAAAAAUAAAGGAAAAAGUCAAUCGCUCCCUAAAGUGAUGCGUGUACAAUGCUACUAGAUAUUCUUCUUUUCACACGAUAUCGCAUUUCAAAGCAGCUUCGCUAAAGUGUUAAUGUUCAUGAACAAACAUAAAUAAAAGGACGCUAAAUUCAACACUUCAAGUCUCAAAUCUGUGAUUGGGAACGUUUAACGGUAUUUUCUCAGCAGCUACCACAAGAACCUUGGAUACUUGAAAAUUCCACAAGGCCGUUAACUGAAUUUCUUCAGUUCUAAUACCGAAGCAGCACAAGACUUUCACGAUGAAGUAGAUAUAAAAGAAGCCAAAAGUUUGCUGGGAUCAAAGAGCAUGCGCUGUGAGGCCCAAACAGCCAGAUUUUGGCUACUCCGGCGCAGAGUUUCCCAGAGCUUACGCGCGCAUUCCCAAACUCUUAGCACUGGGGUCGAGAAUGAUGUGCACGUGUUAAUCACGCGUGAAACUAUGCGCAAUAAGGAUGCGCAGUGCAAUACUAGGGAAUAAGUAAGUCCAUCUAGCCGUUUUAUCCGUCAAAAAGUCGAUCGAGCGAAUCACUAACGCGAGGCGUUAUUUCUUUUGUCUACAACCCUCCAAUCGCCCCAUCUCUUCAAUAAAGUUUGAUGUUUACUUUAGUUAAUGAAUAUUGAUUUGGAUUUUGUAUCACUUCGAUGUCGGAGAAAAAACUUCUCUUCAUCUUCCUUACUCCAAAUAGGAACCUUAAGAUGCAACGACGGCGACGACAACGGGAACGUCAAAAAAGCAACAGGUUAAGAUUAGCAAAACAACAACUUUGCACGUGCAUCACGCUUUUUUGUACAUUCUGUUGCCGUCACAGCACGACCACGACGUGAAAAUGCCUAAUUUCACAUUUUAGGGAGGACGUAAACAAUCUACUACGAAAUUUUCUUCCUCUUUCUGAACUUGGAUAUGGUUUUUAGGAAUUUAACUCCAGGAGAGUUCGCCUACGUUUGACAAAGCAAGUGAGUUGGAACUGUCGCGAUGAAGACUGAAUGAACGGAAAUUCACUUUUUAGGCGAUGUUUUCGCUGCCGUCGUCGUCGUCGGAUCUUAAAGUCCCUAAUAUCAUGGGAAAGGGGACCUGAAAAACUGCUUAUGUACGCCUUGGAAUAUUCUAGUUUAGGCACAUAUCAUGCAUCCUUAUCUCCUCUGGUAGAAUUUCCAAGUCCCUGGGCAGUUAUAGGCCCCCGUCCACACGAAUCCCGACAGGCUGAAAUCACAGGACCAAAUAUUUAAACGCACUUCAGCCAGUGUUUAACAAAACCACGUUCCAAGUCUUUUUCAAUUUGCCAGAGAUUUUAUCUAAACAACAUUUAUUUUGAAUAGUUUCAUGAAAGCAUAUAGAGAAGACUAGAAAAGCAUUUAUCUUCUUAAAACAACGCAACAGAGAUUCGUUGAACCGCGGCUUUAGUUAGACUUCGUUUAAAUAUUUGGCCCACAGUGAUCACAUGGAAAUCAGACUUGAUUUGUCAAACAUGAGCAAGGCUGUUCCAUAAGGGCAACGAAACACUGACAAGUGUUAUUAUUCCUGCUUAUGUGCAUUGCAUUUUCCACAUGUGAAAUGCGACGUUUGAGCUGGGCCUCGUAAACCCUACCCCUUUAAAUUUUACGUUUUCUUCCCUCGCACACACCCUCUACCUCUGCAUCCACUGAUUUUAUCAGUGGAGGGUAACUCAUGUAUUUUGGUGAUCCCUUAUCCUUUAUGAUGGAGGAUUUGAACAAGGAUUACUAAUGACAAACUUGAAAAAACCUAGGUUAAAUUCCUUAAGAUGCCGAAUUAAUCGUGACAUAGCCUUUUGGUUUAAGAUGACUCUUUAAAUUUGUUCGCUGCUUUGUUGUUUACAGAGCUCGACUGAGUCCAGAAGAAAGACAGCAGCAGCCUCUGGCAGGCUCCAUUUUUCGGAUAAAAAACUUUGGAACUCGAGGAUUACCAGCUGUCGCCUUCAACGGAUGAAAUAGAGAAUUAAAUAGAUUUAUUUUUAUGAAAUUUUGGAUCUGCGACGGAUAAUGUGACCCUCAUUGAGAAUCUUAAACGCAAAGAUCACAUUUUGGUCGGCGAACGGUAUAAUGCUAGAAAUAUGAAAAGUCCUUCUGUUCUGCUUACCAAUACACGGACUGAUAUCUGACAAGACGAUGAUUGCAUCCUCGAUUUAAAACGGGUUGCGGUUUUUCAUUGCCUACUACGAGGCUGCGCACGACAUUGGGUUAAAAAUAAAACAACUUAACAAACAAACAAACAAAAAACCGUCCCCCAAAACAGAGUUGGUUUACAGCAAAGGAAAAGUUAGUCUCUGGUGUCUUGCUUGGGAUGAAAAAGAAAACAAAAAGCAGACAAAAAAAAAACAAAAACGAGAGAUUGCUCUAAUCAGGUCACUACGGUCUGGAUAGGUUGAUUCUACAUUUGCUCGCUGGGAAAAGAUUGAACUUACUGGCAAAAUAAAGUUUAAAGUAUUAAUAUAGGGAGCUUUAAAGAAUUGGAAAUUAAUUUAUAUAUUGUGUAAGUUGUGGUACAGAAUACUUAUCCUUGUAUGUCUAAUUUUUGUACUGUUAAACCUCUCACGUACGCAUGCAGAGUCUUCUAAAGCCUUUUUAAAACUUGCUUUCUAUAAUUAUUUGUAUUCCUUGUCGUGAGGGGGAGGGAGGGGUAUAUAGCUGCUUAGUUAACUCUAGGACCAGCAUUAGGUUCAAAUGUUUACCUUUAAUUUAGUGUCGUGGUAACUCUACGUGGAAAUUACAGCUCCUUGCAGUUAAUUUCUAUUGCGUAGUGGAUAGGUAUGUCUAAGGAGUCGAGCUCGAAGCUUACCUCCUGAGCUUAGAAGUGCUUCGUGUAUUGUUAUGUACAAUGAACCAGACAAGCGUGGAGCGCAGCGAAACCUAGAGCUGCUAGAGUUUCUUGUCUGUAGCUUUCCUAUCCCUAUUAGCCGAG